UGACAAAUUUACCGGAGCGUAACCUAGAUAAAAUGAAUUCAGAAAGUGUGGAUUCGUAUGACGUAUUUUGGUGGGUGAAUCUCUUUUCAAAAGUGUGUGGUUACUGUCCCCAAACAUACAAAAGAUCGAUCAAAGUGUAUGAUUUGUCUGGUACUAUCAUCGCCAUCAUACUACUAAUUCUGAAGAUGGCUUUGUUUUGGGCUAACAUUGAUUCUCGACAAUUCAGCAACAUUACGAAUUCUACGAUGAUGAAUUAUGGAAUUUGGUUGCAAUUGGUUGCUAUCUUACUGAUAUCAAUAGUCUUCACUGUCAUAGGCCUACGAAAGUAUGAACAUAAAUGGACUCUUUUAGAGAACUACAACGAAAUAGACGAUGAGUUCGUUGGUGUAUUUCAUGCGAAAUUAUUUAAGGCUGAAAUGAAAAAGUCCAUAUUUCAUUUGAUGAUGUUCUCCGGAAUCGGGUUAAUAGCUAUCCUUUGCUUAACAUUUUAUCUUCUCAGCGCUUUGGCUGUCGAUAUAAUGAGUAUAAGUCACAUUGGACUUUCAGUCUUUAUAGCGAAUCUCAGCAUUCUAUCCGUGGAAAACCAGUUAAACUCCAACCAAAUAUUUGUACUGUCCAGGUACAGCGUAAUCAAUAACAUUUUGCUGCAACUGUUAUAUGACAGUGCUGAAAUGAAGCAUCGAAACGUAAUUGUUGGAGACGAUAUGCUGCGCCAAAAAGAAUUUCAGUACACAAAAUACCGAAAUAAUUUCCAACCAAAAAACAUUUUACUACGCGACCAACUUGAGAUCAACACAAUAACGAAGAGCGAGGUGCUUCGACAGAAGAGAGUCGACUUAAGUAACCAAAAGAAGAAAUUGGAAGAAUCUCAUAAAAAAAGCUCUUCGAAGUCGUGGUUUUCCACUCCUAUGAUUCUAAUUGAUAAAAAGUCGCAAGUUUUACUACUCUUUCAUAUACCCGAAACGAUCACAUUGUAACAGAGGUCUAUUUUCUAGUCACUUCACUGAGUACACUUUUACCAAAGCUUCAACAUCUGAAGAGAUUCGAAACAAGUUGGACCGACUAUUUAUACUGCACGACAAACUUACUGAUUGUGUUGAUAGUUUAAAUGAUUUGUAUGGCUUGGAAAUGCAGCUCGUCACGUUGUACAUUUUUGUGUACGUCGUUUUUGGAUUGUUCUCCAGAUUUUGGUGAGUAUGGAAAAUGUUAGAUUGUGCAAGCAACGCAUUUUCCUCGUACAAUUAAUGGGGAAACCUCAAAACAAUAUGAUACUCGACGCUAUUGAUGUGCAGUGCAUAUCGGUGAAGUUAUGCAUUUUUUAGACAUUAUUGCUAAAUUAAUGAAAGUUUAGUGCACCGCAAAUGUGGCUGACUAAUCAU